AUGGCUCCCCGACCGCCACGUCGCAUCGUGGUCCGUGAUACAGGGAACCGCCCAAUGAGCAGCCGACCGACUAAUUCGACAUCGACAACCCAGCGACGAAGCUCCAUGGGAAACAUCUUCCAUUUAGCGGCGCGACUCUUUCCUCUCCCCCACAUGUUUUGGCGCCUCCAGUUGCGCGCGCAGACGCAGCAGCGCAGUCAGUACCCGGCGCGGCGGCCCAUCCCUUCCACGGCUCCGCCCCCUGACCGGCUCCGCGUCACGACGGAAGCCCACGUGUCCAAGCGGAAGGUGGCCGACGCACUCGGCGAUUUGGUUCCCGUCUGGCCGUCCGCCUUGAGUCCGUCCGGCCUCCUUCCUGGCCGUCUGCUUCAUCUCACCAGUCACCAGUCACCGGUUACCAUAGCGCCUAGGAUGGACGACAACAACGAUCCUGCUGCAGCACGGAAGCCAUACACAAGGUAUGGCUGA